AUGUCGAUGCACAUCCUCAACGCUUCGGAUUUUCACGGAGUCCGCGAGCGCCCCUCCGUCGCCUUCUCCGCCGAGAUCUUGUUUGGCGAGAAACGGCUCAUCCUCGGCACCUUCGACACCGCUGAGCAGGCGGCCCGCGCGUACGACGCGGCGGCGUGGCGCCUCCGGCGGCCGGGUCGGGAGAUGAAUUUUUCUGAUGUGUCGAGCCAGCGGGCGCAGGAUCUGGCGCCUCUCCCACGGCUUUUCACUGACGAGGAUCGUCGCGUCCAUCGGAGGCGGAUGCGUCGCCUCGCCAUCGCCGAGAUGGACGUGCAAGCCUUGGUGCUAUGGCGCGAACGCUUCCCGCAGGACAUCGUCGACGAACGUCAGUUCUAUGAGCAGAGGAGGACGGAGAGGAAGGCCAGGAGGACGGAGCGAGCCUCCUAUCGGGAGGGCAAGCGUGCGCGGAAGCUGGCCGCUCAAAUGAGACUGAGGCUGCGAGAAACAUCGGGGUGGGACUUCACGGACGAGCAUUCUGCUGACGCCUAUAUUCAGACGUCGGAGGAGGACAUUACCGAGUCAGUGUCGAAAACCGAUGAGUAG